ACAGUAAGUAUAUAACAGACUAUACAUCUUUCACUUGAAGGACCGACGUGAACUCUUCUACCCACCAUUUCUGCACAACAAACGAUGGAUCACCCUAUUAUCGAGUAUUUCACCCAUCAUGCAAUCCAUGGUCGAGAUCGGUCCCGAACCCCAUCGCCCCUGGACCUCUCGCCGCGGUCUUCACCCGACAUUCCGUCUUCCUUCAACACAGACCUCUUCCCGCUGAUGCACCGCGUAACGGCGCUGCACUUCCAUUCCAGACAGGAACCGACCAUAUCCUCCUCAACGAUCUGUGAAGCCGUAGAGCUCUGGUCACAGCUAGACGGGUUGACCCUGUCCGACGAGAACCUGCCAUCACCCGAAUACCAGACCCUCCACCAGCUGCACGUAUCCGCUCUCUUCAUCUGGCUCCACUGCAUCACCCAUCCCGACAACCUUGCCAACCAAAAAGUCCAAGACAUGCUAGCCGACGGACUAGGACGCAUCGCCAAUCUCGACUGUUCCUCCCCCGACGCAGCCUCCCUCCUCGUCGUCCCCCUCUUUCUCCACGGCGUGGCCAGCGUGCACAGCCCACAUCGCAACGAGAUCAACCAACACUUCACCCGACUAGACGACACUAUCGCAGACCCGAUCCUACAAACCUACCAGACUAUCGUCCAGUGGACCUGGACCAGACACGACAGUCAGAUCCACCGCAGCUGGGACUGGACAGAUUGGGAGGAUGCAGACCUGACCUGACGGGGACCAGACUAGACGGGAGAUAUCGGACGCAGUAGCCACCUAUGAAAAAUCAAAAAGGACAACUUUCAUCGGUCCGCCUUGUUUUGCGUCUCGCAGAUCCAUA